AAAUGUCAAAACGAAUCUAAUAAUAUGGUUACGGAUAAAUUUCAUUAACAAUUAUUUCAAAAUGAACUAAUGUUCAUAAAGUAAAAUAUAUUAACAAUUGUAUAGAAUUAAACUUCCCAACGUAUAUUUUCGAAAACGGCAAACGUUACGAGUAAGUUAUCUGUUGUAGAAUGUAUAAAAUAGAAGUGGAUCCGAAGCUUUUUAUAACUUGUCGAUUAUGUUUAGAUGAAAUGGGCCAGUAUCAAAUAGUUCCAAAUGUACAAGCACAAAUAAAGUUCUGUUUUGAUAUAGAUGUCGAUCCCUUUGAUGGUCUACCUCAGUUGAUCUGCAAAAAAUGUGAGACUAUUCUGUCAGACUUCCAUGAAAAAAAGAAAACCUAUCAAGAAAAGCAACUCGGUCUUAAAAAAAAUGCAAAGCCUAAUUGUAUUGUGGUGGUACCUUUACAACAGCAGGAUACUGUAUCGUCAACACAAUCGAGUAUACCUGAAACAAAGCCUCAACAAUCAUUUAAGUUGACUUUAAAGAAGAAACCAAUAUCCCCAGAGCCAAAUUUAAAUGAUUCAAUUGUUAUAAAAAAUCAUGAUACCAAAACAGUACGACCAUGGCGUAAAAAUUACAACAAGUACUUCGCGUGCAAAUUUUGCGAAGUCGUGUACAGGAAUAAAAAGAUUCUCAUAACACAUAUGGAAAAGCACAGUGCGUUGCUAGAAAAAUAUGGCCACAUACUAAAGAAAUGUAAAAUCCAACUGCCCAGAAUCGAUGAGAAAACUAAUUUUGUCAGCUCUAACGACAUGGUUGUUAUGGAUGAAAAUCAUAUUCUACUAAACAAAUAUGAUCAAUACCGCGUGAUGUACAUACAAAAAUCUUCUAGUCAUCGGGGGAAAAAAAAUUCUUCCGACUCCUCAGAUGAUGAUACCAGUAAACGUAAACGUAAAAGAUUAAGGCUAGUUUCUCAAAGCUCCAAUGAGACAGUUGUAUUAGAAGAUCCCAUACAGAAAGAUUUAGAAAAACCCGGUUCGAGUAAAAAUAAAUUACAAAAUAAUGUUAUUGAAUGUGUAGAUAUUGAUUCUUCAGAUCAUGAGACACCAAGUCCCAAAACUUAUGAAGGACCUAAAAAAAUCAUUCGCGAGGUGGUUGCUUCCUGCGUCAAGAAAUAUUUGAACAAUGACAACGACAAGAGUAGGGAUAUACAGUUGAAACAUAAAAUUCUAAGCAUUGGCCGAAAAAUCGUCAAUAACAAAUCAUUUAAUUGCAACGGCCUAUUGCGUUACUUGGAACACAAAAAUCUUGAUAUUGAAUGGAAUCCUAGAGUUAGUCAAAAUCCAGAAACGGAAUGCGUUCAUAUAAGAACUAAAGUGCAGGACAAUAAAAAUGAUACUGAACCUCGUUGGGUUAUUGCGAGCGGACUAACUGGUUCAGACGGUAACACUUAUAUGGAAAAUUUACAAAAAAUACUAGUAAAUGAUGAGUUUCCAACUCCCGAUGCGAAUUCAACACAAGACUCUACAAUAGAGCAAAUGCCUAACGAUAAUGGCGAUAAAAUGCUAUUAAAGCUUUUAAAAACAAAUUCCGUUGCGAAUCCCAAAGUGAAAAAGACAGAGACAACCAAAAGUGUCUCCUCUAGCGGAGAAAAUCUAUCUAUGCCCAUCAUUACAAACACAGUAUCCUUGGCCGAUGCAGUGAGUGAACAAGUGAAUGACAAACCAAACGAGCCGAUACCAUUUGUGCCGCGAAUAAAAGUUAAAUCCGCCUCCCAGUUAAUGGCAGACAAAAGCACUAACAAGACUAUAACUGAGACAACACCCGCCCAAGUUGCUUGGACAAUACCAGAAAAACCCCAGAACCAAUUCGAACCCGAAUGGGUGGUGAUGCAUACAGUCGAAUUGCCGCGAACAAAAACCCUAUCGCCUUUCAAAUACUUUCAAAAUCUACUUCAAAUGCAUGGCAUUACCUUGUUGGACACCACAGCCCUGGUGCCUAAUGAUUUCGUUUCUCUAAUAAAAUUCAAAUCAGUGUUUAAACAAGAAACAAAGCGCGUAACACUAUCGCUGGGGCUUCUUAGUGAUUCAAAACAGUUCUAUAUUAAAGUUACCGAAUCAACGAAUGAACAAUUGGAUAUUAAUACAUUAAUACCGACAUGGCAAUGGGAAAUCCUUUCUCUAUAUAAAAGUGAGAUUGCUACUAAUAUAUUGGAGAAUUCGAAGAAAAUCAGCCAAAAAAUGUACGAGUCGACGAAUUAUUUUGUUAGUCUGUUGCGGUCUAUCGUAUUUAAGAGGUCUUAGAAACAGAUGAGGCAAAUGAGCAGGCAGAUUACGUACUUGCCGAUGACCAUGCCACAGUGUCCAUGCGUGGUACUGGGUAACUGUUCAGAAUGGAAGAUGUGCGCGACUGGAAGCGACUUACGCCCGAAACCAAUCAACUACAAUCUCAGAUUGAAAACAAUCUGAGAUCAGACCGUGACAGUCGAUCGUUCUCUGCAUCCCAAUAACUAAACCCUACGAAGACAAUCCAUUUUUGGCGACGGAUA